CGCAGAAACAAGGAGGUGGUCAGAAUGUUAUGCCUGAUGGGUCUAAACUGCAAUAUUUGGAGGGUUUGGGUCCAAAAUGUAAUAAAAGCCACUUUCAUCAUUUUCGUUUGCAGUGAAAUAAGUUGUUGGGAGUGAGCUUCACACACACAAGAAGAAAUUUCAGUGCUAUAUGAUGAGUAACUUACCAUUAUGCAUCAUUAGUAGACUAAGAAAAAUGUGUUUUAUUGUGUCAAAUGUGCUUUUUGUUACAAUUUACACACAAUAUCAUAAUGCAUUUUGCAAUGAGACCAAUCACAACCAGCUACCUGCCUCUAGGUCAAGCCAAGUGAUGCAUGUACAGAGGCCAGAUCUGUAAUAAGCAAUGCAAACUGCAGACCACUGGGUUUGUGAGGAAUCCAAAUGUAGUCCAGACUCCUCAGCUAAAAACGUCCUGAUCAGAGAACCUGAAUUCACUGUUUCACCUGUAAACAUGCAUCUUUUUUUAGAACUUGUCCUCCUUUGUCUUCUGAGCAGAUCCUGAAAAUCCACAUUCCAUUAAAACAGGAACGGUUCUGAGCUCUGAGCUCCACCUCCUCACAGCUCAGACGAGAAACGCCGCUGAGGAAGGAUUAAAGAAAAACGAGGAAUCAAACUUGGAUGAUAAGAACUCACUGGAACAAAUGGACACACGAUAAAAACAGGACGGAGCUAUGAUCCACUCCGUACAGUGACGACAUCCAGAAAUGAGUUUCCCUGGAGAGGAAAUGGACGUAAGCACCAUGAUCAGCAGACCAGAGUCACCCGGCUGUAAAUCUGCGGCGAGUGGCUGGUCAGCAGAGCAACCCAUUGACUUUAAAACAGCGAAAUUGCUGGACAUUAAAAGCAAAACGGUGGCCAGACCAGGGUCACCCAGCUGUAGGUCUGAAGCGAGUGACUGGUCUAUGGAGCAACCUAUUGCACUUGGACUGGAUCCUCUGGACCAGAAAAGCAAAAUGAUGGCCAGGCCAGGGUCACCCAGCUGUAGGUCUCUAGCAAGUGACUGGUCAAUGGAGCAGCCCAUCGCACUUAAUGGAACUGAACCUCUGGACACGAAAAGCAAAAAGGUGGACAGGCCAGGGUCACCCAGCUCUAGGUCUGCUUUGAGCAGCUGGUCCAAGGAGCAUGGAGUUGACUUUAAAAGAGUGGCAGCCCUGGACAAUGACAGUCUGCUGUCUGGAAUAACAUCAACUGCAGACAGCGGUAUAUCUAUGAAGACUGACCGGUCACAUGAAGACCCUCAAGAACACAGGCUGACCUCUCGCUACGCCGAGGCUGGAGACGUGGCCUGUGAUCUGUGUGAAGGAAGGAAGUUGAGAGCGUACAAGUCCUGUAUGACCUGCCUUGCCUCCUUCUGCGAGGCACACGUCAGAGAUCACUACACAGUGGAAGCACUGCAGAGACACCUACUGGUGGAGGUCACGAAGAACCUCAACAUACUUCAGGAGAACGCUCAGCUGAAGAAAAUAAUCAGGGAGGAACGGUCAGAGAAGAUGGAUCUGAGGAAAGAGGUCGCUACACUGAAGCAGAUGAUCUGUGAACUGAGGCAGACGAUCUGUGAACUGAGGCUUCCCGACUUCAUCUGCAAAGGGAAGACACCUGCAGCAGCUGAUUUGGUGUUGGAUCCUGAUACAGCUCACUGUGCGCUUGUGUUGUCCAAUGAUGGUAAACGAGUGCGACUAGGGAAAGAGAAAACCGUCGAUUACAGCAUGCCGAGAUUUGACAAGUCUGAGUGCGUCCUCACCACAGAAGGCUUCAGCUCGGGACGGCACUACUGGGAGGUGGAGGUCAACAGAGAGUUCACUACUGGGGUCACCAGAGAGUCGGCUCAGAGGAAAGGGAGGUUCAGCUUCUCUCCUGCUCGUGGUUACUGGUGUCUCUAUCACUUCAGACAGUCCUUCACAGCUCUGGAGGAGCCCAGCAGGCGCCUGCCGAUCGACACUGUGCCCCGGGUGUUGGGGGUCUGUGUCGAUGUGGAUGAGAAGUGGGUCGCUUUUUAUAAUGCUGAGACUAAAGCUCACAUUUACACAUUCAGACAGAUGGACUUUGCAGACAGAGAGAAGAUCUAUCCUGUAUUCAAUACCUUGGAGAAAUCAGUGGACCUGAAGAUUAAGAUGGGCUGAAACAGUUAUUAUUGACUAGCUGGAGAUCACGGUGUGGAUAGCUAUUACUUACUUUGGGACAGUUCAAUCUUUACGACCUGCAAAACCAAAAUAUUUACUCAGCUGUUAUGAGCAAAUGUUAUGUUGUUAUAAGCAAAACUUGUAUGUGAAUAAGGUCUCUGGAUUAAGGCCUCAGAAUACUACAGAGACGACUUUCUCCUGGCUUCAGUGAACAAUAUGAUGUGAUUGCGAAGAAAGUGAACAACUGCAGACGUCGCAUGGAGGCUUCCAUGUGCACGACACGGCGAAGCCUCUGAUUGGUCGGUAAAAAAGAGGCGUGCCAUUAAACAAAGAUGGACGACUUUGAGAAGCUUCGGCUUUGGCAGACACACUAAUACUUCACUUAAUACUCCUAAAUGUAAGAUGUUCAGUCUAUUAUUAUUUGGUAAUACUGACUAGUACUGAGCACAAAAUAUACAGGUUAUUUUAUGUUUAUGUUCAUAUGAGGACGAGGCUGAAGUCGGCUUUCUGUUCACCAGCUUCUUGUUCAAAUUUUCCCGUUCCACCUUAAAUGGUAGCGGUAUUCUGAACUCAAACGUCGCCAUAGUUAGAACAGUGAAAGAAUCGUUUUCCUGCAGCCAUGGAACUUAUCAUAAAACGUCAUAGCGACACAGAGCAUCUGCAACAGGCAACACCAAACCGCAGAGAGUAUGCGAGCUUGUAAUCUCGCAAAGGCGCUUUCGGCUUCACACAACCCUCGAGAAUUUCGUUUCGCAAGAAGUCUGCUGAGGCCUUUAGUCUCAACUGCUACAACUUAUUAUAACCAACUGGAGUCAGCUAGAGAUGGCUAGCUAGGGUCCACCUUUCCUUGCAAUCAUCAUUAUCUGCAGCUGCCUAACAUUACCUCAAGUCUUUGAAGGUGAUUCAUGUAUAAACAUAUUUAUCCAUCUGGCAAAAUCAUAAAACUAUCUGUGAAAGUUCAAUUCUGACAGUCUUAUUGGCUUCAGCUUAUUUUAGCCAAAUGUUAGCUUGAGUUAGCCUGAGCUAGCUACCAUACUAGCACUGUUAGCUACAGGUAUCUGAGA